AUGCCUGGUGGCGCCGCUCCCACCCUUCACGCCACGGCGGACGUGAGCCGUGUUGAGGCUCCCGUCACGAUCAAGGCCUACCUCAUGUGCGCUUUCGCCGCGUUCGGUGGUAUCUUCUUCGGUUAUGACUCUGGUUACAUUUCGGGUGUCAACGGCAUGGACUUCUUCAUCAAGACCAUUGACGGCCCCGAUGCCACUGCCUUGACGUCCUGGAAGAAGUCCCUCAUCGUCUCCAUCCUCUCUGCCGGUACCUUCUUCGGUGCUCUGAUCGCCGGUGACUUUGCCGACUGGAUCGGCCGAAAGUGGACCGUCAUUCUCGGUUGUGCCGUCUUCCUCGUUGGUGUUGCCCUCCAGGUUGCUUCUGCUGGCCUCGGCCUCAUCGUCGCCGGUCGUCUCGUCGCUGGUUUCGGUGUUGGUUUCGUCUCUGCUAUCCUGAUUCUAUACAUGUCCGAGAUUGCUCCCCGCAAAGUCCGUGGCGCAAUCGUCUCCGGUUACCAGUUCUGUGUCACUGUCGGCCUCCUCCUUGCUUCCGCCGUCGCCUAUGCCACCGAGAAGCGCCAGGACUCCGGCUCUUACCGUAUCCCCAUUGCUAUCCAGAUGCUCUGGGCUAUUAUCCUCGCCAUUGGCCUCUUCGUCCUGCCUGAGUCUCCUCGUUACUUCGUCCGCACGGGCAAGCUUGACCAGGCUGCCGGUGUCCUGGGUCGCCUCCGUGGCCACCCUGUCGAGUCCGACUACAUUCAGGACGAGCUUGCCGAGAUCAUUGCCAACCACGAGUACGAGAUGUCCGUCAUCCCUCAGGGUGGCUACUUUGACAGCUGGUUCAACUGCUUCCGUGGUUCUCUCUGGGAGGCCAAGAGCAACCUGCGCCGUACCAUCCUCGGUACCUCUCUGCAGAUGAUGCAGCAGUGGACUGGUGUCAACUUCGUCUUCUACUUCGGUACCACCUUCUUCAAGGAUCUCGGUACCAUCCAGAACGCCUUCCUGAUCUCGCUCAUCACCACCCUCGUCAACGUCUGCUCUACCCCCAUCUCCUUCUACACCAUUGAGAAGCUCGGUCGCCGUACCCUGCUCAUCUGGGGUGCCCUCGGUAUGGUCAUUUGCCAGUUCAUCGUUGCCAUCAUCGGAACCGUCAAGCCCAACGAUAGCUCCGCCACCUCGGCCAUGAUUGCCUUCAUCUGCAUCUACAUCUUCUUCUUUGCCUCGACCUGGGGUCCCGGUGCCUGGGUCGUCAUUGGCGAGAUCUUCCCUCUGCAGAUCCGUUCGCGUGGUGUCGCUCUAUCUACCGCCUCCAACUGGCUGUGGAACUGCAUCAUUGCCAUCAUCACUCCUUACAUGACCGAUACCGAUAAGGGCAACAUGGGCGCCAAGGUCUUCUACGUCUGGGGCUCCCUCUGCGCCUGCGCUUUCGUCUACGCCUGGUUCCUCAUUCCCGAGACAAAGGGUCUCACUCUUGAGCAGGUCGACAAGAUGUUGGAGGAGUCUACUCCCCGCACCUCUGCCAAGUGGGUGCCGCACUCGACCUAUGCUUCCGAGAUGGGCUUCAAGAACGCCACCGAGCACGUCGAGAAGGAGAGGGAUGUCGAGAAGCAGUCCUUGUAA